GGGGGUCAGUAGCGACCCCUCUCCGGGACCCCACCCCCUCCCCUCCCCCAGGCUGAGAUGGGGAACUUGUUGGGCCUGGCUCCACUGGGAGCUCUGCCCCGCCGAAGCGCCCGUCGGGAGGAGCCGCUGCCCAACCCGGGGAGUUUCGAUGAGUUGCACCGGCUCUGCAAAGAUGUGUUCCCGGUACAGAUGGAGGGAGUCAAGUUCAUUGUCAACAAAGUUCUAAGCAGCCACUUCCAGGUGACCCACACUGUGCACAUGAGUGCCCUGGGCCUGUCAGGUUAUCACCUCCAUGCCGCUUUUGUUGGUGACCAGCAGCUCAAUUCCACUGAGGUGUUCCCCACUGUGGUAGGGGAUAUGGACAGCAGUGGUAGCCUCAAUGCCCAGGUCCUGCUUCUUGUGGCAGAGCGACUCCGAGCCAAGGCAGUGUUCCAGACCCAACAAGCCAAGUUCCUGACAUGGCAGUUUGAUGGGGAGUAUCGGGGGGAUGACUAUACCGCCACUCUGACACUGGGGAACCCUGACCUGAUUGGGGAAUCAGUGAUCAUGGUCGCUCACUUCCUGCAGAGCCUUACUCAACGUCUGGUGCUGGGGGGAGAGCUGGUCUAUCACCGGCGCCCAGGAGAGGAGGGGGCUAUCCUGACACUGGCCGGGAAGUACUCUGCUCUUCACUGGGUGGCUACACUGAAUGUGGGGUCAGGCGGGGCCCACGCAAGUUAUUACCACCGGGCAAAUGAGCAGGUUCAAGUUGGAGUGGAGUUUGAGGCAAACACGAGGCUGCAGGACACCACCUUCUCCUUUGGCUACCACUUGACACUGCCCCAGGCCAACAUGGCAUUCAGGGGCCUGGUGGAUAGUAACUGGUGUGUUGCCGCUGUGCUAGAGAAGAAGAUGCCCCCUCUGCCUGUCACCCUGGCACUUGGAGCCUUCCUGAAUCACUGGCGAAAUAGAUUUCACUGUGGCUUCAGCAUCACUGUGGGAUGAGAAAGCUGGAGGUGGUGCAUCUGAGCACUUGAAGUCAUCAGAGAGAGAGAGGGUCAGGGUCUGGGACCCUCCCCAGAGGCCAAUUUACUCAGUAUGACUCCACUGGACAAGUGAAGGCCUGGACAGAACCCCCUGCCCACUGGAGCUGUCACUAUGGGCAGGAUGGGAGUCUCUCUUGUCUUCACCCAGGACUCCAAGCUGACUGCUUUCCUCUCCAAGCCCUUGAGUCUGGCAGGCUCUGGACUGAGGGGGAGGGCUAUGAUUAUGUCUGAUUGCUUUCUUCCAUCCCUGUGUAUUAAAGCUGGUCCUGCUCCUCACUGACCCUCAUUGGAGCCUAGAGACCAAGGUGGGUGCAAAUCCCAUCCUGCUCAUCGGCUCUGGGCUAGUACUUGAGUUGGGAACAGGGUCGUGGCUGCUUCAGCCUGUUCCCAAAGAGCACCACUUCACUUGUGAAACCAGCUCUGACCCCUUCCCUGUGCAGACUAGAGAAUGAAUGAAUGAAUGAAUGAAUAUAUGGCCCUUCCUCGAAGCAGCAUGAA